AUGGUACGGGUUUUUACACGUAUAAAGAUGUUCAGCUCCUGAGCUAUACCAUUCUGGUUCUCAUCACUUCCCCACAAUUUUCUUCUCCUGGAUAUAGUGAGAUAGAUAUAGAGGUUUCUUCCUCUAAAGCUCUUGAGAAAUAACGACAUGUUAUAGCAUAUUGACACGGCAUGGCCGACGAGUACUCCUACUUGCAGCUCCCGGACCUUCGUAGCAUUCGUGUGGUUAAACUUCACGAUGCUACAAGUCUAGAUGAUGAUAUCUACUUCGAUCUCAUCACAGUCUCUCUCGAUGCAUUACCAACACCACCCUACGAGGCUAUUUCAUAUACCUGGGACGGGCAGAAACCAGACCAAGUUGUCUACGCCAACGGUCGGAAGUUAUACGUAACUGAAAAUGCAAGGAAUGCUAUGAGAAGGUUUCGUCCCCAUAAGCCAGGGAAGUUUCGGUACAUAUGGAUCGAUGCGAUUUGUAUCAACCAGCAGGAUGACGCUGAAAAGAGCACACAGGUACAGAUGAUGAUCGAGAUAUACGCAACAGCCACACAUGUGAACAUAUGGCUCGGCGAGGCAAUCGAAUCAACUGCUCUGAUCUUUAGGUGGCUACGGUGGACCGGGGUCCUGUUUAUGCCAUUCUAUCUCGCGAAGCGCAGAAUUCAUGCAGCUGCCAGCCGUUCAACUACGCAGGGCUCAAGAUCGUUUUUUCUUUCCCUAAGUCGAUUUUGUGAUAUCAUUCUAGUCUAUAUUACACUGUUUAUAGUGCUCGUGCCACUAUUGCCCCUACGGACCCUACCCGUAUUUAAAGGCUUUAGACGGAGGAUACAGACUGGUUUAGAGAACAUAGUGGCGAGGGGAUACUGGGAAAGAUCAUGGACGGUGCAAGAGGCCUCGGCGAAUUCCAACGUACGUAUUUACUGUGGAUCUUGUAAGCCGCUUCCGGCUGUACCAUUUGUCUUGGGCCACUGGAUAGUCGGUUCCAUUUACACCUUCUUCGGCUUCGUAUACAUACCUGUCCGCUACACCGUAUACUUUUUGUCCUACGACUUUUGCGCCGGAGAGGAGGUUCUUGUUGAAUAUAUGCUAGACUCACUCUCUAAAAAGAAAGCUACGCUGCCUGUGGAUAAGAUAUACGCAAUUAGGGGAUUGUAUCCCGAAAGCCUCGGCACAUUAACAGUCGAAUACUCGCGGCCCGUCAAAGACGUCUUCACAGACGCCGCCCGCCUCGUUCUAAAGGCCAAUAAGAAUGUUGAGUUCUUUAGGUACGCAUGUACCGGAAACCGAACGGACGGGUUUCCCACGUGGGUGCCGGAGUGGGACACCGUCAGCGUCGUGCCUACAGAAUUAAGCAAAUUCACACCAGCGCCGGUCUCUCGGUAUCCGAUAGUGGACAAGGAUGUAGAAAAGGAUGUGCUUAAACUAAAAGCUCUUCGUGUCGACGCAGCGUCGGUUAACAUCAGCGAGUCAUUCCCAAUAAGGCCUCCACUAGAGAGAACCUGGGCCGCCUCGAGAUCCGACUUCGAAGACGGGGACGAAGCGUUCGAGACGUUCAAGGCUUGGGCUGUGGCAUCACCAAAUCCUAAUGAUGUCACUGAUGAUAUCGGACCAAAACUAUGGCAAUUCGCGACCCUGGUGUCUGAUAUGUGCAAUCUGAACGCGUAUCAGAUCUACGACUCGUGCCCAGUAAUUUUGGAAUUUGACGAUUAUGGCAUGGGACCACAGUUUGGCCUCACGAGGAUGCCGCCGGUUGUCCGCGAUGCGCGCAGGUUUGCGAGGGGUUUCUUGCAACUAACUAGUGGUCGAGCACUAUUCACUGCUGCGAGUGGGAGAGUUGGUAUGUCGACGUUGCCGGUCUGUGAGGGAGACGAGGUUGUGCUGUUAUCCGGAGAACGGAUGCCGUAUCUCAUCCGCGAGUGCUCUGACCGGCCUGGGAAGUACACGCUGGUUUGUCCUUGCUGGAUUAGUGGUGCGGUUAAGGGUGAGGAAUGGCCUUGGGAUGUAUGUGAAGAGGAUUUGGAGUAUAUUGAGUUGGUAUAGUUAACAACUAUUACCUACAUUAUGAACUCCCUAAAGAAGAGUUGAAUGAAAAUAUCGAGAUUACAUGCGUCCGAUUAGGUACUACGAAUGAAUUCCAAGAGUUGCCAACAUACUACUUACUAGCUUGUAUGUCAUCCUCGCCCCUUAAUUAUAUGUUACGCUGGGCGUGAUUAGGUCUCUGUGAACCUAUACGAGGGGUUGAUCUCGUUUAG